GAGCUCUCAGGGGCGCGGUCUCCCGUCCCAACGCGAUGGGCUCCGAGGCGGCGCAAUUGCUGGAGGCUGCAGAUUUCGCUGCUCGGAAGCACCGUGCGCAGCGGCGAAAGGACCCCGAAGGGACCCCCUACAUCAACCACCCUAUCGGUGUGGCUCGGAUCCUGACCCACGAGGCGGGCAUCACUGACAUUGUGGUGUUGCAGGCCGCCCUGCUCCAUGACACAGUGGAGGACACAGACACCACCCUGGACGAGGUGGAGCUGCACUUUGGGGCACAGGUGCGGCGCCUGGUGGAGGAGGUAACCGAUGACAAGACUCUGCCCAAGCUGGAGAGGAAGAGGAUGCAGGUGCAGCAGGCUCCCCACAGCAGCCCGGGGGCUAAACUGGUGAAGCUGGCGGACAAGCUGUACAAUCUGAGGGACCUGAACCGCUGCACCCCAGAGGGGUGGUCUGAACAUCGAGUCCAGGAAUACUUUGAGUGGGCAGCGCAGGUGGUGAAGGGCCUUCAGGGAACAAACCGGCAGCUGGAAGAGGCUCUGCAGCAGCUGUUUAAGGAGCGGGGGUUGGCGCUCUGAGCAGUGCUUGGCGUGGCAGAGACUCCAGCCUUGUCCAGGCCAGAGUGGAGUCCCACGCUAGCCUCUCGGUGCCUUCUCCAGCUCCCUCCGCGGUUCGCUCAGCCGAGCGGCCAAAAACCUUUGCCUUUUCUCACUCGGGACGACUCCUGCCGACUGCUAAGCUGAGCCUGGAUUGUGGGAGUCAGACACCCCCAUCCACUUCUAACGCCGUCACUGCCCUCCAAGGCCUUCAGUCUGUUUGCCGUUUUGCAAGGUGAGGUCUCUGGUCCCUCAGGAACUCGGGCUUGUAUAAAUACUUGUUUAUAGUCAUUAUUGGAAAAUAAAGCAUUUUGCGUAAA